GCAUUGUAAACUCAAACAAGAAGUUAAGACAUAAGGUGUGACAUCUGUAGACUUGCACUGGGACAUUAACUUUGCAGCAGAGGAAAUGCCCUCUAGCUCAGCCUGAGAGUAACUGAAUCGAGACUUUGCCUCCAGAGAGUCGGUCUGCUGCUCAGUUGAGUGUUUGCGCUUCCAAGGGAAGGAGCCUCGUAUCCAGGCUCUGACAGGGAACCGGGAAGAUGCUUUCUGGAGUCUAUCAUUUCACACUUGCGGCGCUUCUGGUUCUCCUGCCGUGGUUGUCAUGUUUCAACGUGGACGAGAAGAACAAGAUGUCAUUCAGUGGACCAGUGGAGGACUUGUUCGGAUACACCAUCCAACAAUUCGAGAACAGUGAGGGAAAGUGGGUUCUGAUUGGUUCUCCUCUUAACGGACAGCCGGCUAACCGGUCCGGAGACGUCUACAGGUGCCCCGUGGGACAAAACAAAAGCACUGGAUGUGAAAAAUUCAGUUUGUCAGAAAACACAACUAUUCCGAACAUAAAUGAAGUCAAGGAAAACAUGACUAUGGGGACGACGCUGGUGGUUAACCCGGACGGCAGUGGGUUUCUGGCCUGUGGUCCUCAGUAUGGGUACAUGUGUGGAAAGCAGCAGUACAUCACUGGGAUCUGCGCGAACGUCAGCUCCUCCUUCAAAGUCCUCAACUCCAUCGCUCCAACUGUGCAAGAGUGCAAGCAGGACAUGGACAUUGUCAUAGUGUUGGACGGUUCCAACAGCAUCUACCCCUGGCUUCCCAUCACUGACUUCCUGAAAAAGUUCCUCCAGAACAUUGAAAUCGGACCAGCCCGGGUGGGCAUCGUGUCGUACGGGGAUGAUGUCGGCCAUGUCUUCAAUCUCAGCCAGUUCAGUAACACAGAAGACCUUGUUACUGAAGCUGGCAGGAUACCUCAAAGAACCGGCCACAAAACCAUGACAGCUCUCGGCAUUGAUAUAGCAAGGAAAGAGGCCUUUACAGUGGAGCGAGGAGCAAGACCAGGGGUCAAAAAAGUCAUGGUGAUCGUCACAGAUGGGGAGUCGCAUGACCACUACGACUUGAAACGUGUCAUAAAGGACUGUGAGAACGAUGGUAUUGAGAGGUUUGCCAUUGCUGUCCUUGGCGACUAUAAUCGGCAGAAUAAAACCACUGAAGAGUUGCAGAAGUUUAUUGAUGAAAUUGAAUCCCUUGCUAGCGAUCUCAAAAGCGAUCAUUUCUUCAAUGUGUCAGAUGAACUUGCUUUAGUGACCAUCGUCGAUGCCUUGGGAAGCAAGAUCUUUGCCUUGGAGGCCACAUCGGGGAAGCACACCUCCUCCUUUGAGAUGGAAAUGUCUCAGUCCGGAUUCAGCGCUCACACGUCUAAAGCAGGUGUUAUGCUGGGAGCCGUGGGUGCUUUCGACUGGAAUGGGACUGUAGUGAUGCAAACUGGGAACGAGUUUGUCGUUCCAAAAAAAAACACCUUCCACGACCCUGAGGUGCAGAGGUACGAAGGCAUGGCGGGAUACGUAGGUUAUGAUGUGCAGUCAGCGUACACACCCAAUGGAGUGCUGUACAUCACAGGAGCACCACGGUUUAACCACAGCGGGCGUGUCAUGGUGUACCGCUUCGACGGAGAAAAUUUCACCAUAAUACAGACGUUGAAAGGAGAGCAGAUCGGCUCGUAUUUCGGCAGCGUCCUCCAGACACAUGACAUUGACCGUGACAAUUACACUGACAUCCUUCUGGUCGGAUCUCCCAUGUAUAUGGGUCCAGAGAGAGACGAACAAGGUCAAGUCUACGUCUACAAACUCAAUGAGGAUGGGCUGUUUGAGCAUGAGAUGACGCUGAAGCCGGUCAAUCAGACCUGUUGUACUGCUAACUCUCAGAGCAACUGUAAAAGCUUCAGUAAGAACGAGCCCUGCGGCUCACGCUUCGGCACUGCAAUCGCUGCCGUUCCUGACCUCAACCUGGACGGCUUUAAUGACAUAGUGAUCGGAUCGCCUUUGGAGAACGACCACAGAGGGGCGGUGUAUAUUUACCACGGUUCUCAGAAAUCAAUAAAGGAGAAGUAUGUUCAGCGAAUUGCUGCUGGAGGAGAUGGAGAGAGCAUGAAGUUCUUUGGCCAAUCAAUUCACGGCAUCAUGGAUUUGAAUGGUGAUGGCAUCAUUGACGUCACUAUCGGAGGAAUAGGAGGGGCCGCACUUUAUUGGUCUCGGGAUGUUGCAGAGCUUCGUGCCGAUAUGACCUUCGACCCAAGCAAGAUCAAUCUGCAGCAGACCUGUCAGGUCCACGGGAGGACCACAGUAUGUGUGAAGACCAAAGUGUGUUUCAAAUAUCGAAUGAAGUCUGACAAAGACACAAUCACAGGAACUCUCAUCAGGUAUAAUUUAACGGUGGACUCGCUGAGAGCGAUUGCCAGAGGACGGUUUAACGAAACAGAGGACAGGAGAUUGCAGAAGAUCGAGUUGAUCGUCAACGAGCUUUGCAGAGAGCACAUCUUCUACACGUCGGAUAAACUGGAUUUCAGAGACCCCAUUAUGGUCACGCUGGAAUUCGGUUUAGUGGAUGAAGACAAGGGUCCAGUCCUAGACGGGGAAUUACCGACGUCACUCAACAAGACUAUCGCAUUAGUAGACUGCGGGAAUGAUGACAAGUGUGUUGCUAAUCUACACCUUAAAGCCACUGCAAACAUCUCAAGUCUUCUCAUAAAAAGCAACCAAGAGAAGUUUUAUGUCAACAUCAACGUCCGCAACAGUGGAGACAAUGCUUAUAAUACCAGGGUUACACUGAGCCACACGGAAAAUAUCAACUAUGUGAAAGUUGAGCCUAAAGAGAAGGACUGUGAAACAAAUAAUACCAGAAUACUAUGUGCAGUUGGAUAUCCUUUCCUUAAAACUGAUAAAACGGAAAGCUUCAAAAUCCAAUUUGAGCCCAAUCCCUCUCAUAUUCGUAAGGACAUUGUGAUUAAUGUUACUGCAACAACUGAUAGUGAGGGGUCAGACUCAGCACUGAAAGACUACUUUGUGAGCAUCGUCAUCCCUGUGAAGCAUGAAGCCAACCUGCGAUUCAUUGCUAACAAGUACAUGAAGGAGGACCACAUCAUAUUGAAAGAGAAGGAGACAAUACCCAAUUUUUUCAACCACACUAGUGUGAUCGGAGACGAGGUGAAAAUCAGCUACACGAUUGAGAGAGAACCUGAAAUGCCGAGUCCUCCACUGCUGCUCACGAUAGUGUUCCCGUAUCAAACGUCUGCGAAAAACUUGCUGCUGUACCUCACAGAUCUCACGCACACAGCGAACAUCAGCUGCGAUGCCAAAAAAUGGAUGAACCCUUUACUCAUCAAGCCUGACAACCCUCAUGCAGUGAAUCCUAAAAAAGAGUCCUUGAGCGUCUAUCUUUUGAGUUGUAAAGAAGAAAGAAAUCCCUGCGUGUCCUUUAGCUGCUCCAUCCCUCCUGGAGACUUCAACCAGAUCAACAGCACUUUCAGAGUGUGGCGACCCACCUUCAUCAAAGGAGAAUUUGCCAGCAUUUACAUGGGUGUCGAUGCCAAGCUGGAGAACAAGAACACGGACCUGUUUGUGUUAAAUGAUAACAUCAAGGCCAGAGAGGUGAAGAUUCAAGUCACCAAAGACAUACGAAGCGGAAUCCCACUAUGGAUUAUUAUCCUCAGUAUUCUUAUAGGACUUUUAAUACUGGCCCUUGUUAUCUUCGCUUUAUGGAAGGCUGGAUUCUUCAAGAGAAAAUCAGUUAAAGACAUGAAGGAAGAUAUGAAGGACUCUGUUUCCUUAUUUGGUCAGUUGUUUGCAUUUUGUCGGCUAAUGUCAACAUCAAAGGAAGAUCCCAAUCUGGCCAGAGCUGCACUGAUGACAUCAUAUCCUGUCAUAGUAAUUUUUACCCUGAGCCUGAGUUCAGGUUGUUUCAUUAUGCUUGGAGGCAACACUAUCUGCUCCUUCUCCCUAACAAUUUCUCCAGCAAUGGACAAAAUGAAAAAAGUUGUGAUACUACUGAUAUUACUGCAGAGUUUCUGUAUUACUCGCACUCAGGGUUUUAAUGUAGGAACUGCAGGUGCCAAAAUCUUCUCAUCAGGUUCUGCGGUGGAAGAGUUUGGCUUCACUGUACGACAGUUGAGCAAUAAUCAAGGAAAAUGGCUACUGGUAGGUUCUCCCUGGAGCGGAUACCCUCAGGAUAGAAAAGGAGACCUCUAUAAGUGUGACACUGGUGGUCCAACCAGAUGCCAGAAACUAAACCUUCAAGACUCUGUCAGCAUAGAUGGUGUGCAGAGCAUCAACAUCAACAUGAGUCUGGGUCUGACUCUCACUCCGACAGCUAAACCUAACGGAUUUAUGACCUGUGGUCCUCUGUGGGCUCAGCGCUGUGGCAGUCAGUACUUCUACCCAGGAGUCUGUGCUGAACUGAGCCCUCAGUUUACACUCCAGCCGGCCUUCUCUCCUGCCCUUCAAACUUGUGGAGGGCCAAUGGAUGUUGCCAUUGUUUUGGAUGGAUCAAACAGCAUAUAUCCGUGGCAUGACGUUAUACGCUUUCUCUCCCACCUUUUGGAAAAUCUGGAUAUCGGACCAGAUAAUACUCGAGUCAGUAUUAUGCAGUAUUCAGAGGACUUGUCCUUUCUUUAUAAUUUUAGUUCUGACCCGAAUAAAGAAAAAGUUCUUUCAGCGGCUUUGGCUAUUACCCAAAAAACUGGAAUAGAAACCAACACUUUUGCGGCACUUGACAAUGCCAGACAAAAAGCUUUCCUACCAGAAAACGGUGGGCGUCCAGGUGCCACUAAGGUGUUGGUAGUGGUGACGGAUGGAGAAUCUGCUGAUGGUUAUAAAGGUCAAGAGGUCAUUGAGAGGUUUGACCGAGAAGGCAUCAUUCGCUUUGGCAUUGCUAUCCUCAAGGAAGGUGCCAAUAUUCAAAAGUUCAUCGAGGAGAUUGAAUUGAUCGCUAGCACCCCAACAGAGAACUACAUGUUCAAUGUGUCAUCAGAGGAAGCUCUAAUCAAUAUCGCGGGAACUCUGGGGGAAAGGAUCUUUAACAUUGAAGGCACCAGUCAAGGUCAAGAAUUUCAAAUGGAAAUGUCCCAAGUUGGAUUCAGCGCACAUCAGACCAAUAAAAAGGAUGAGAUCAUGCUGGGUGCUGUCGGAGCGUAUGGAUGGACCGGGACCGUCGUCCAUCAAACAGCUGGAAAAUCAAACGUUUUCCUGAAAAAUGCUUUUGAGAAAACCCUGGAUGACAGAAACCACAGCUCAUUACUCGGCUACUCUGUGAGCUCUGUGACUGACGGCUCCUCUGAGUUUUAUGUGGCCGGUGCUCCUCGUGCCGUUCAUAGAGGACAGGUUAUAGUUUACAUCAUUGACAGCCAGAGACAACCUGUGGUCAUAGAUUCACAAAGAGGAGAUCAGAUCGGGUCUUAUUUUGGCAGCGUUCUCUGUCCCGUUGAUGUGAACGCUGAUGGAGUGACUGAUCUGCUGCUGGUUGGAGCUCCGAUGUACAUGAGCGACGAGAAGUUUGAGACAGGACGAGUCUACCUGUUCACCAUUACCAAGGGCAUCUUAAGCAACCAGGGCAGUUUAGAGGGACCCUCCGCAUUUGAGAAUGCUCGGUUUGGGACGGCCAUCACUGUCGUCCCAGAUCUGAACCUGGACGGCUUCAGUGACGUGGUGGUUGGUGCCCCAUUGGAAGGCAAUGGCCAUGGUGCCAUUUACAUCUACUAUGGAGACAGAAAGACCAUCAGAAAGCAGAGCUCACAGAAAAUUCUUGCAUCCAAACUGGACCUGGCGCUUCGGUUCUUCGGACGCUCUUUAGAUGGCCGUGAAGAUAUGAACAGUGACUCAAUCCCUGAUAUUUCGGUCGGAGGAGAUGGGAAUGUAGUGCAGCUCUGGUCAAGGGGAGUUGCAGUUAUCACAACAACAGUCUCCUUCAACCCGGAGAAGAUCAGCAUUCUGAGUAAAACUUGCAUGUUCGGUGGAAGGAUAGUGCCGUGUGUUACUGCCAAAGUCUGUUUCAGGUCAACAUUCAGACCCACCACAUUAGUGGAUCAAGUAGAUAUCAAGUACAACCUGACCCUUGACGCUGACCUGCAGUCAUCAAGAGCCACUUCAAGAGCCCAGUUUGACAACUCAGAGCGUGUCCUCCAGAAAGCUGUCAGCGUCUCUGAAACACAAACCUGUGUCGAUCAUAAAGUCUAUGUCCAGGAGACCCCUGAUUUUGCUAGUCCAGUUGCUUUGCGAGUCGACAUCAGUCCACAGAAUCCAGAAAACGGCCCUGCCAUAGAUGCAUUUCAGCCCAAAGCAUGGGAUUUUUUUGUCCCUUUUGAAAAGGAUUGUGGCGCUGAUGAUAAAUGUACUUGUGACCUGAAGCUGACUGUGAAAGCUGUUGAUGUACCAAGCUCAUCUUCAUUUGUUGUCAGCCCUGACAGAAGAAGACUCUCCUUCAUUGUGACAGUAAUGAACAGGAAGGAAAAUGCAUACAACACAAGAGUGUCAGCUAACUUCUCCGGCAACCUGUUCUACGCCUCUGUUACACCCCCUGUAUGGGCACCAUUUUAUGAUUUGACAUAAUAAAUCGUCUCUGCU